AUGUUCUCACGCUCCGCUCUCCGGAGCCUCACCUCCGAGCUACGUUGGACCGCACCGUCCACAAUCUCAUCCGCUCCCCUUCAACGAGCAUGCCUGCACCAAACCGCCUCCAAGAUGAGCUCUCAACAACCGGAAGCCCAAUCUUCAUCCACCCACCCCGAAUCACCCCUCAGCGCCACCCCCCGCGCCCAAGACUCCCAACCAAGCGCUCGCCGACCCGGCUUCGACGAAAUGACCAUGACACCCCGAGCACGCGCCGACGUCCCCAUCGCCAAACAACCCGUCGCUCCCACCUUCACCUCCCCCCUCAAAGUGACCAAAUCCCUCAUGUCGCAGCUCCCCCACCUCGUCGGCCAGAAGCCGCACUACAUCGUCGCCCAUUUGCAUGCGCGGCCAUACCUCUUGACUGAAGGUGAUCACAUCCGUCUGCCGUUCCUCAUGCCGAACGUGAAGGCGGGCGAUAUUCUGCGCUUCAACCGCGCUUCGGCUAUUGGAUCCCGUGAUUUCACGAUGAAGGGGGCGCCGACUGUCGACGAGCGCAUCUAUGAGUGUCGCGUGCGUGUGACGGGUGUGGAUGCGGAGCCGUUGCGCAUUAAGGAGAAGACGAAGAGGAGACAGAGACAUGUUAAGCAGGCUAAGAGUAAGCACCGCUAUACGCUGAUGCGGGUUAUGGAUGUGCGGGUUAAGACGCCGGAGGAGUUGUUGGCGGAGGGUGCGGUGGUCGUUGAGGAUGGUCAGGAUGGCUCGGUUAUUGAACCCCGGUCAUGA